AGGACGCUAGGCAGCCGCCCCCGCCGCCUCUGCCCCUAGAAAGCCCGGCCGCCGCCGCGGAAAGCUGUCCCCGGGGAGGAGGAGGAGGAAGAGGGGCAGGGUAGAGGGAGGGGAGACGAGACAGGAGGGGGAAGAGGAGCACCGAGACGGCCCCCGCGUGAUUGAUGGGCGGCUCCUCCGCCCUGGACCGGCCCGCCUGCCCCGCCCCUCGGCCCCUUCAGCCCUCGCAGGUGGGGAAGGACUGACCCGCCAGCACAAGUUUGGCCCAAUCUAUUGUCACCAGAGACUUAAAACAGAAGUGUGCAUGACCAUGAGUGGAUUUUAAAUUGAGGAGCAGUUCAAAGGUUGGGGAUUAAGGAUCAUGUUGCACGAAGCAAGGGACAGGCAGAAGUUCGUGAGUGAUGUUCAGUAUCUGCGGGACAUGCAGCACAAAGCGGACUCUGAAUACCAGGCUUGUCUGAGACGACAGGAAUACAGAAGAGACCCAAAUGAGAAGAAACAAGAUCAAUUUGGGGGGCAAGAGACAAAUUUGGAGAGACCCCGGUUUUCAACUGGGUCAUCUUCCAAACAGAGUUCUGGUGAGGAGGAUUCUGUAGCCGAACCAAGACUUUCCACCAAGAGUUCUGCGGUCAAGGGUGAUUCCAGACUUCCAGCAAUUGACCAAACAUCAGUCAAACAGAAACAUAAAAGUACCAUGACCCCACGGAAACCGGAGAAGGUGGGCCCCAGCAAACCCUCUUCAGCAGCCCAGGCACCACAAAUUUUAUCAAGGAAGAGGAGGCCAAACCUGGGGAGACUGACAGUCAGCCCAGAAACGCAGAGCCCAAGAGUGCCAGGGGACAGGAGCAGACAGAAAUCGCAGCUGCCAGUGAAGUCGCCGGCCCUCAGGGGACCAGAUCCAAUAGUUCAACAAGAGGGCCCAGUGUGGGCCAGUGGCACCAAGCUGAAGAGGCCAACUCAAGAGAGAAGACACUUAGUCCCAUCUUCACAGCUAAUGACUAUGACUGAGUAUACCUCUGAGAGAGCCAAAAAAGGAGACUCAAGUGUUCUUUCUCAGAAUGAGCCACAUUCAGGCCUAUCUCAGACCUUCCUAGGAACAAACAGCCCUCAAGUGUCGAGUGAGUCCUUGGGGCCACCACUCCUAACCACCACCAUGGGAGGGUCAAGAAGGGCACCAUUUAGAUUCAGAGAUGAAGAUUUUUAUUCCAUUUUAUCAUUAAACCCUGGAGGAGAAAAUGAUGACACUGAGGAGGAGACCCUCAUAGAGGAAGAACUUUUGUUGGUUGGUAUGCACCGGCCUCGUUCUCCUCCCAGUCAUAAGAGAAGUCGAUUUCUUGGGACGUCGGCCACUCAGGCCAAAAGUAAAAAUUUUGAAGAAAGUCCUGAAAAUUGCAGAGCAAAUUCGGUAAGAAGAACUGAGUCCAGUCGUGGCUCAUUAAGAAUGAGCAAUGCAAUGGAACCAGUGACAGAGCAGCUUCCUGUGGGGGCAAGGGUGUCUCAAGACCUCAAGCAACCUGGUGGAGGGUCUCCUAACAAGAAUGACAGUGGUGACAGUGAACAUGAGAAAAGCACCUUUCCUUCAUGGGACACCAAAUCCACAGCUAGUCUAGAUGAUGACCUCAGUGCUGAAAAUGGAUUUAGAGACUGUACCUCCACAGAAGAUAGGCCUGGUAUCCGUGAUUAUGAAAGAGAUUGGCAUGCCUACUUAAGCAGUUCUAGUAAUUCUCUUGACUGUUUUCUUUCUGGUAGACCAACAGCUCCAAGAUCACCAGUGAGUUUAUCUUAUAACACUCCUGGAUCAUUAAUGCAUUCUGCCAUGAGAGAUGAUAUUCCAGUAGACUUGUCGAUGUCGUCUACAUUUAUUCACAGUUCAGACUCAGAGGGAAACUCAAGGUUUAAUGUUCGCCGACCAUUGUCCCCUAUUAGAAAUAGGAAUCCACUCGCCAGUGCUGAGAACCACAGUUAUUUUCCAGUAAAUAGUGCACAUGAAUUUGAUGUCAGGGGAGCAGAAGAUAUUCCUUUAACGAACCCAUCCCAGGGGGCUCUAGAAUAUACGGAAGAGCUCUUACUAAAUCCUCAAAGCCACUUGUCCUUGGGGGAGUCUUCUAGCUCCUCACCAUCAAGAAUGAACUUACAAGGCCAUUUGCACGUGCCUGGGUCCCUGCAAGAAAAUAUGCCUUUUACUUUCUUCGCGGUCUCUAAUUUCCCAAAUCAAAGUGAUAACGGGAACAGAAUGGCAGCCUCUGCUUUCACAGAUGAAAAGGAAGCCAAUAAGAUAAAGGCAGACUCUGAGAAACUCAAGAAACUGCAAGAAAGUCUCCUGGAGGAGGACUCAGAGGAGGAAGGAGACUUGUGUCGCAUCUGUCAGAUAGCCGGGGGUUCCCCAACCAACCCCCUCCUGGAGCCUUGCGGCUGUGUGGGAAGCCUGCGGUUUGUUCAUCAGGAGUGCCUGAAAAAGUGGCUGAAAGUGAAAAUAACAUCAGGAGCGGAUCUAGGUGCCGCGAAGACCUGCGAAAUGUGUAAGCAAGGCCUGCUGGUCGAUCUGGAUGAUUUUAACGUGACCGACUUCUACCACAAACACCAGCAAUCCCGGGCACAAAAUGAGCUGAUGAACUCAGGCUUGUACCUGGCGCUCCUGCUUCACCUCUAUGAGCAGAGGUUUGCAGAACUCAUGAGACGCAACUACAACCGAGUCAUCAGAGAGAGGAUUCCGAGCUGGGGGAUGGAAACGAAAGCAACGGCCAUGUUGUCUAGCAAGGGAGCUGGCCCUGGAGCUCUCCAAGGACAUCGCCCCACAGCCGCUUCUUCUACAUCCCCGUAUGCCUCCUUUCCUCCUCCUCCUCCUCUUUACUGAAACGGAAACCAAAGUGUUUACAUUACCGUUUUCCCCUUGUGCCCCUCUCUUCUCGGGGUCUGGCCCGAGCAAUACAGACGGCAGCAGCGACCGGCGCAGCCCCAGUGCGGUCCCAGACAGCGCAAGCCAAGCAGCCCGGGGCUUGUUGGGUCCCUGCAGGUGGCCCUGCUGCUGGCUCAGCCAGAAGCCCAGGUGACCCAGCAGCCCUGCCAGCCCAGCAGCCCGGGGGGCCCUCUGCUGAGGGCACCUGGUCAGGCCUUACUCCAUGCUGAGUGGAAUCAAGCCACAUCCUCAGUAAACGGACUUAAUUCA